AUGGAGCCCUCGUUGCCUAUUCACUCUAGCUUUGAUACUAUAUCCAUUAAUAGUGAACCUGAAAUUUUUCACAACUCUGCUAAUGAACCUAAACCUCCUAUUAUUCUUGAGCAAACCAAUGACAACAAUAUCACUUCCAACACAACUUUGGGAAGAACUACUCCUACGAGAUAA